AUGUGGGCACGUGUAGCGGAGAUUGCAGAACAACAACGGCGGGAACAGGUACUGGCGGCAAUCCCUAGGCCAAUCCGACGUCGUCGGGCGAUACACCGUAACCAUGCUGAAGCUCAUGAUCGGCUGUUCGCGGAUUACUUUGUCGAGCAGCCACGCUAUCUGGCGGCAGUUUUCCAUUGGCAUUUCAGAAUACAUAAGGAACUUUUCUUGCGCGUUGUAAAUGUGCUUUCGGCCCGUUAUGAGUACUUUCAGCUCCGCAUCGACGCCGCCGGAAGGAUCGGUCUGUCGCCGUUACAGAAAUGCACGGUUUCCAUACGACAGUUAGCUUACGGAGGAACUGCCGAUAUGUUCGAAGAAUAUCUUCAUGUCGGCGAUAAGACUGGAUGCGAGUAUCUGAAGAAAUUUCUGUCAGGGAGUAAGAGAGACAUUCGGAGACACCUAUCUGCGGAAGCCGACUGUAGCUGA